AUGAAUUCAUCACAGACAGUUGGAAGAUCCGUGCAAAAAAAUAAUGAAACUGGGACCCAUAAUCAUCCAAUGAUUGUGUAUCAAGAGGGUCAUCGUAAAAUUAGUGGCUUGAGCCCGGGUGCAAAAAAGGUUGUGCGUGACAUGACAAAGUCCAAGGUUGCACCGCGUAACAUCAUGGCAACUAUUGCAGAGCAAUUUCCUAAUGACCAUCCAAACAUCAGACACAUUUACAAUUGCCGGAAUGACUUGAGAACGGAGAUGUCUGAAGGUAGAGGAGUUGUUCAGCAAUUUCUUCAUUUGGCGAGACAAAGUCAGUAUAUUUACUGGGUCAUGGCCGAUGACCUCGGCGUUCUACAACAUGCAUUUAUGGUGCACCCAAUCACGGUAAACAUACAACGCACAUACCCACAUGUAAUCGGUAUGGAUUCGACAUACAAGACCAACCAAUACGGGAUGCCAUUAUUUGAGAUAGUAGGUGUAACACUGACAAAUCAGAAUUUCCUCGUUGGUUAUGUGUUCAUGCGCAACGAGUGCACGGCAAGCUAUCGGUGGGUGUUGCAAAGAUUAAGGGAGAUGAUUGGGUAUGAUAAAGAAGCAUCGGUAUCUUUGUCAGACCGUGAACUUGGCCUCUAUGCGGCAUUGAGAGAAGUGUUUCCAGGGACGUCGCAUUUACUUUGUCGGUGGCAUAUUAACAAAGAUGUGGAGGCUAGGGUGACUGAUAUGUUCAAAAAUAAGAAGAUCGGUGCGAGUUUUAAAAAUGGAAAAUGGAAACGUAUCAUGGAUGCUACAACCGAGGCGGAUUAUAAUGUUGUUGUAGAUACAAUGAAAGCUAGGUGGGCAAGUUAUCCAGCAAUGAUUACUUACAUUGAGAGGACAUGGCUUUGUCAUAAAAUCAAAUUAGUGUCAUUUUGGACGAACCAAGUUCUUCACUUUGGUAACACGAGUAAUUGUAGAGUUGAGAGCCAACAUUCGGCAGUGAAGUCGUGGUUUGAAUCAUCGACAGGUUCUUUGGAUACCUGGUUUAAUUUGGAGGCAUCAAGAUCGAAAAUUGGUGAGAAGUACAGACAAUUGCCACUGUCACGUAUAAAUGGCAAAGUGUCUCAACAUUGUUUGAAAAUUCUCGAUGAUGAGACGAGAAGGAUGAGGGAGUUGAGUUACCAGAUAUAUGAGCGUUGUGGAUGUGCAAUACGUGUGACCCAUGGUUUACCAUGUGUUUGCCGAAUACAUGAUUCACUAGUUGCACAGUCAGGCUUGUAUAUCAGGCAAAUUCAUCCAUUCUGGAAGACCUUGGUUAUUGGUGAUGAUGUUGACAUACCUGUGUUCGUUAACGAUUCAACCAAGGAAGCUGCACAUUUUCGUUCCCUGGUUGAUGAGGUCAUUGGUAGUGAUCCUGCUAUACUUCGAAAUGUAUCUCGCAUCAUUGAAGAGGAGCUGCAUCCGGAUCAUACAAACCUUGAAGAACCACAUGUAAACCACAAUGUUCAAGGUCGACGAAGGAACAAUGAUACCAGGCAUGAUCCUUGUUACUUCGUACAUGUAAACCGUCGAAACACUCAACGUGGUACACAACAAACAUGUACGACCUCAGGACCGAUGUUGCCUUACAUCACGACAUGGAAGGAUGUCAUUGGUGAUGGAAACUGUGGCUUUCGUUGUGUGGCUGUCUUCUUCUUUGGUGAUCAAGCGCAAUGGUUUACCGCUCGGGAAACAAUAGCAAACGAGGUCGCCGCUCAUCUAAUGUUGUACGAAAGGAUUUACGGGAUUGGAAGGGUUUGGAUGAAUGUAGAACAUAUUCGAUGGGAUGGUGGGGCGGUUGAUAUGCGGCAUUGGAUGGUAGCAAUUCAAGAUUUAUUUCCUAUUGCUACUUGGUUCAACGCAAGGGUGAUUUGUCUCGGUAUAGGCAGCGUACCAACCUGCUACUACCCAUGCAUCGCGAUGUUACCGUUGCAGGCACGAAGCACGGUUAGGGCACUCACUCGAGAGUUCAUGAUAGCUACAGUUGGUGGAUCACAUUUCAUUUGUCUUGAUCUUGCACAAGAUUCACCUAUUCCCCCAAUUGAAGGUUGGUGGACCGAGCACCACUAG